ACAGAGGGAUGGACAGAGGGCCGGGGGGGGUCGGGGGAAGGGCGGGAGAUGGGGGACGGUGGAUUGUGGGGGGGUUGAGGGGUGCUGGAGGCGAAGGGGGCGGCCCGGGGCUCCCCCGCCCCCCCGGAAUCCCCCCGCUAAAAUGUGGAAAAAAUGACGCCACCACCCUCCCCGCGGUGACAUCAGCCCGGCGAGGGGCGCGGAUUGGCUGGCGGCGGCCCGGGCCCGGGGGGGGCUCCGCGCCCUCCGCCGACUUUUAAAAGUGGCGGCGGCGGCGCCGGGUCGGGACCGGGACCGAGCGACCCCGGAGGGACCGACCCGACCCGACGGCACCGAGCGGAGCCGAGCCGAGCCGGGACAGGCCCAGACCGGGGCGAACCGACCGGACCCACCGGGACCCACCGGGCCCCUCCCGCACCGAGCCCAUGUCCAACGCGCACUUCAACCGCGGGCCGGCCUACGGGCUGUCGGCCGAGGUGAAGAAUAAGCUGGCGCAGAAGUAUGACCCACAGCGGGAGCGGGAGCUGCGCGCCUGGAUCGAGGGGACAACCGGCCGCCGCAUUGGGGAGAGCUUCAUGGAUGGCCUCAAGGACGGCGUCAUCCUCUGCGAGCUCAUCAACAAGCUGCAGCCCGGCUCCGUGCAGAAGGUGAACGAACCUGUCCAGAACUGGCACAAGCUGGAGAACAUCGGGAACUUCCUGCGGGCCAUCACGCGCUACGGGGUGAAGCCCCAUGACAUCUUCGAGGCCAACGACCUCUUCGAGAACACCAACCACACGCAGGUCCAGUCCACCCUCAUCGCCCUUGCCAGCCAGGCCAAGACGAAGGGGAACAACGUAGGUUUGGGGGUGAAGUACGCGGAGAAGCAGCAGCGGCGCUUCCACCCCGAGAAGCUGCGCGAAGGCAGGAACAUCAUCGGCCUCCAGAUGGGCACCAACAAGUUCGCCAGCCAGCAGGGCAUGACGGCCUACGGGACGCGGCGGCACCUCUACGACCCCAAGCUGGGCACGGACCAGCCCCUGGACCAGGCCACCAUCAGCCUCCAGAUGGGCACCAACAAGGGCGCCAGCCAGGCGGGGAUGACAGCACCGGGGACGAAGCGGCAGAUCUUCGAGCCGGCGCUGGGCAUGGAGCGCUGCGACACGAUGACCAUCGGGCUGCAGAUGGGCAGCAACAAGGGGGCCUCGCAGCAGGGCAUGACGGUGUACGGGCUGCCGCGGCAGGUCUACGACCCCAAGUACUGCGGUGGCCCCGAGCUGCUGGGCGAGGACGGCCUCAACGGCCUCUACAACUCCCAGUAGCCGCCGGCCGGCGGCCGCUUGCACCGCAACUGCCCUGCCUCGCGCAGGGCCGCACCGCACCGGCCUCACCGCGGCCCCGCGGGGCCGGCUCGGCCGGGGGGGGCUCGGCCACACCGCCGCCAACGCCUCCCCUUCCCGUGUGAAGCCACCGAGGCACAAUAAAAG